GCGCAGUGCUGCGCCGAUGGCGGAGCAGCGUGUGUCGCGCUGGUACUUCGGCGGCCUCGCGUCCUGCGGGGCUGCCUGCUGCACCCACCCGCUGGACCUGCUGAAGGUCCACCUCCAGACACAGCAGGAGGUGAAGAUGCGGAUGAUGGGGAUGGCAAUGCGUGUGAUCCGCACUGAUGGCUUCCUGGCUCUCUACAACGGGCUCAGCGCCUCGCUGUGCCGGCAGAUGACAUACUCCUUGACUCGCUUUGCUAUCUAUGAGACUGCCAGGGACCGCCUAGGGCAGGGCAGCCAGGGGCCUCCCCCCUUCUACCAGAAAGUGCUGCUGGGUGCAGUGGGAGGUUUCACUGGUGGGUUUGUGGGGACCCCAGCAGACAUGGUGAAUGUCAGGAUGCAAAAUGAUGUGAAGCAGCCGCCCUCUCUGCGGCGCAACUAUUCCCAUGCUCUGGACGGCAUGUACCGUGUCCUACGGGAAGAGGGCUUGAAGAAACUCUUCUCAGGAGCUACGAUGGCAUCCAGCCGAGGGGCCCUUGUUACCGUUGGGCAGCUCUCCUGUUAUGACCAGGCCAAGCAGCUGGUUCUCACGACUGGGUUUCUAUCAGACAACAUCUUCACCCACUUCCUGGCCAGCUUCAUCGCUGGUGGAUGUGCCACAUUUCUGUGCCAGCCCCUGGACGUACUCAAGACCCGCAUCAUGAACUCUCAGGGCGAGUACCGGGGUGUUGCCCACUGUGCCAUUGAAACUGCCAAGCUUGGCCCCCUCGCCUUCUACAAGGGCUUUGUUCCUGCUGCCAUCAGGCUCAUUCCUCACACCGUCCUCACCUUUGUCUUUCUGGAACAGCUGCGCAAAUAUUUUGGGAUCAAAGUGAUCACCUGAGUAGGAGGAAUGGGACCUUGCCUCACCCCAGGGGUGAGCACACGGGUCACUGCUGGGAUCCCAGAGCCUCUCUCUGAUCCCUGGGGCCAGCACUGUUCCCCUGCCCCUUGUCCCUGCUCCUGUGCCUUGCCAGUGCCUGUGGCAGCCACUCCAGACUGCCCUUUCCUCUCCCACCCCCAUUCUCAGCACCUCCAUUACCUCUGGGAUAUUCUUGAGCCUCUUUCCCCCUCUGCACUCUUGGUUUUGGGUUUUUCUUGCUGUAUGUUUUUUUCAUGCUGCCCCAGUGGCCACAUGUUCUGCCUUUCCCUCCCUCCUGUGCCUCUGGGAGCAGGACUGCACUGCCCUGGGGGCAUGGGGGACCCGGCUCUUGGGCUCCAUGCCUGGUGCAGAGCCCGGGGUGGGUGGGUGGGGGCAGUCACCACACUGUGGGGGGGUCAGUGCUGGGGCAGUGGGGCUGGGGCUAGCUCACCCCCAGCCUCUGCUGCAAACAGCAAGGGGAGGCACAGGCUGAGCACAGCCAGGCCCUGUCAUCCUUCUGUGCCUCUGGCCCUGGGCUCUCUUCUGAUGCUGCAGGACAGCCUGGCCUCCCCACUCUGUUUCCCACCCUCCCCAGACACCUCCUGCUUCUUUCUGCUUGGCCAAAACUCCCCAGUGGCUGAUGGCCACUGGGCUCUUCAGGGAUUGUGCCUCAUACCAAUGAUGACUGACAGCACCCCGUGAGUGAGAGGCAGCCUCUUAGCCCCCUGCCCCAGCACAGCUGGAGCCCUUCUCAUCUGCCCUUGCCCACGGCACUCAUGCUCUCUCUGCCAGCCC